UUUUACUACUGUACUGCAUAUGCACCUGAAGCAAACACUCACAGCGCGUGAGUCUUCGGGGUCGCUUUUUUUCAUCUCUCCUCUGCAGAAAAUACAAUUCUGGAGGAGCAUUUAUAUAUGUGUCAAGUCCGUGAGUCAUAGUCAGUUUGGAGAGAGCGGUGAUGAAUGACGGUGCUGACUGCAGAACUGGACCUGGGCCAUAACCUGAAGAGAUAUAUAUAAAUUGAAGGAGAGAGUGCAGGAGAGAGAGAGAAGUAGAGAGCGCGCGAGAGAGGGAAGAAAGAAAGAGAAAGAGAGCGUGCUUACUUUGUCGAGAGCCGCGUGACAGUUUGCAGAUGCCGACAGAUGUGCCCGAAGACAGGCUCAACAACGAGGAGAAGGCGGCCAAGUGUGACAGUAUGACUCUGUCCAGCACCCCGACUGUUCGCAGAGGAAGCACUCCUCUGCCUAUAAAGCACCAGCUUAAACGAGAAGAAGCUGUCCACGAUGAUUGCGAUUGGACAUCGGGUGCAACUGGACCGUCUGCGUCACCAAUCAGCUUCACCCUAGCCUUGGAUGACACUCCAACUGUGUCUGUAGAGGGCAGACCUGAUGGUCCUUUAAGGAUCGCCCUGCUGGGGCAGAACGGCGUGGGGAAGUCUUCUCUGUCCGUCGCCCUCGCUGGGGACCUGGACAGUACUGCGUCUGUGGAUUCUGAAGGGGAGGGUUACGUGCGCACAGUCACCGUGGAUGACGAGGAGAGCACCAUUAUUAUCUUUGACAACUGGAGACAGGACCUGUCGGCUCUGCAGUGUGAGGUGUGUGUCCUGGUGUUUUCAGUGACUGACAGGCGUAGUUUCCACCGCACUGCUCAACUCCGACUUCUCCUGAGAGAGACUCAGCCCCAAACACCCAUCAUCCUCGUCGGUAAUAAGAGUGACCUCGUUCGCACACGUGAGGUCCCCUCUCAAGAGGCCAUGUCCAGCGCUGCCCUCUUCAACUGUCUGUAUCUGGAGAUCUCUGCCUCUCUGGACCACCGCACUCCAGAGCUCCUGGAAUGCGCGGUGCGGCUCGCCAGGGGCCAGUCCCCCUGGCCCCCCGGGACCAGUGCGGAGGACAUGUGCGGCGGCCAGCGUGAGAGCAUCACCUCCCGUGCCAAACGUUUCCUGUCCAGCCUGGUGCCCCGGUACCCGCGAGAGCGAGAAGUGGGAAAGUUCCUGAGGCAGAAGUCCCGCUCGUGCCACGACCUGGGGGCGCUGUGAUCUGGCACCGCAGGGAGUUUAAUGGUUAGAUUGGUAACAGAGGUAGCUGGAAGGGAUUAGUAUACCAACAAAGAGAGAAAGAUGUGAGUAACAGAGGUGGUGUGAAGGUGCCCAAGUGAUGGCAGGACAAUGUUAUGAGUGAUCAUCCUGUGCAUCCAGCAGAGGAAAACAGGGAGAGAAAAAAGCAAUGUUAGUGAUGAUGUUUACCCUUAGGACGAUUUAGAGAUUUUGUACACAAGACCAAUCAGCAAAUAGAGGAUACAAUACUGUUGUAGAAAACAUGUAAAUAAACUAUAGUAGUGAUACAUAAUGCCAUCCUCAUAGCUUUGAGAGCUAAAUAAAUUUCUUUUUUGAGUCUUGA